AUGGAAGUGCUACUAAUUUGGAUCAUUCUAAUAUACAAUUUAUUGAAAUUAUCCGUAGGACAGAAUGAUUAUUUCUGGAUGUUAUAUACGGAAGAUUCAACGCAUAGUGAAUGCUUCAUGAGUGGAGAUCGGCGUUAUUGUCGUCCAAUGGUAGUAAACGAUAUAAGAGAAGCAUGUAGGAAUGGUCAUCUCCUGACCUUCGCCGAGCUUAAGAGAUCAAACGUGACAAGUGAGAACUUGAUCAAAUGGCUGAUUCCUCUCCAACGUAUCCAAUGGUAUACCGCUUAUUUGAAUUACGAUGAAACUAUUCCUGCAGCUGAAGCGAGCAUUUGCAAGUGUUCUGAGAAUCGAAUCGGCACGAAUUGUGAAUAUAGUCUUAAUGUUGGAGCCAAAACUCUUAAUGAUGUAUUAGCCAGGCAAAUGGUUGGCUCCUACAAGAACAGUCACGAAACACUCACGACACUCGUAGAUGGAAUCACAUGCAUAGGUGCAAAUAUUUUUCUCGAGUGGCGACAUAUAUGUGACGGAUUUAUUCAAUGUCAGAAUGGAGCUGAUGAAAUCGAUUGUCAUUUAUUGGAAUUUCACAAGUGUGAAUCGGAUGAAUUUCAAUGUCGCAAUGGGAUGUGCAUUCCUAUCGAAUUUGCGUUUGAUGCUGCGCCUGACUGUAUGGAUUCGAGCGAUGAACAACAACUUGAUAAACUAUACAAACGAUACUAUGAUUGCUUGAGAGUAUCGACGUUUGAGUGUGAUGAUCGACUUUGCCGUAAAGAUCAAUUUUCAUGCGGAAACGGUGAAUGUGUUCCUUGGUCAACAGUUUUGGAUGGCAAAAAGGCAUGUCUAAACGCGCGUCAUUUAGCCUAUAUUUGUGAAGCGUUCAGUCGGAGUGCUAGUGCACAUUUAGAACAAACUACCAUCUGCAAAGAAACAAUGAAACCUGUCUCUUUAACGAAUACGUCGGACUGCCUAGAAAGUUUGAGAUAUCUACUAAGGUCUUAUUCAGGUCACCUGUUGAGCGAACUUGCCGUUAAAAAUAUUGUAACUCGUUGUGAAGAUCACAUAAACUAUUCGAAGCAGAACGCCUUCUUUCCAGGUCUGACGAUUGUAUACAAUCGUUCUCAUGUUCAAGAAUUUUAUAGUAUACCAAGCAAUGCACAAAAAUUGAUACCACGGACACCUGAUCUGUAUUACUUUAGUGGUGAUAUUAUAUGCGAUGGAGUGCUAUUUAAAAUAACUGAAAAAAUUUGGUUUAGUUUUCAGGACAUGCAAAAGCUCAUCUCUUACCCAUUCUUUCCACUCUUCCAUUUGAUAUGCGAAAGCGUGAUGAAUGAACUAUCUCGUACUAGCCGAGACUAUUUAUUUACAUCAUCGUUUUAUCGCUGUAAAAAUACAUCGGACCGGAUAUCUCUGCGACGAAUUAAUGACGGAUACAUUGAUUGUCUCUACGGUGAUGAUGAACGAAAUUCUGCGUAUUCAGUGACUGAACCCUUUCGUUAUCGAUGUCAAACCGUAACAUUCCCGCCGCAAUACGUCAGCUAUGCACAAUUAGGUAACGGUGUAGAUAACUGUGUGGACGGUAGCGAUGAAAUAUCCAAAGAACUGCGUUGGUCAUCUUUCCAGUGUGAUUUGACUGACAGCUAUGCAUGUUGGGUCUUUCAAGGUGAUCGAUUCGGAGAAAACCGGAUGAAAGAUGCUCGAUUUAAUUUUCACCGUCAUUGUGAUACGAUUUGGGAUGUCAUGGACGGCCGAGAUGAAAUAGACUGUCUAUAUUGGAUAUGUGAUCCUGGUUUGUACAGAUGCAAUCGAACGGGACAGUGUAUCGAGUCGAAAUACUUCUGUGAUGGUGAAUUUGAUUGUAGUGACGGAGAAGAUGAGAUGAAUUGUUCUACACCAUCUAAACCAUGGAAGUUAGAAAUGGAAUGCAAUAAGAGUGUCGAGUUUUUUUGCAUUACUGACAAUUAUGUUACAAAUCAGAGUUUGUAUCGUCCUUGUAUUCCUUGGAGUUGGGUGGGUAAUGGUCGCAUUGAUUGUAUUGGAGCUCGGGAUGAGCGUAACCGUUUUUCAUGUCCUGACCAUCGGAUGGUUGGUGAUCGGUUUUUAUGCGAUCAUGGAACAAAAUGCAUUCAUUACACAGCCGUAUGCAACGGAAUUAAAGACUGUGUGGAUGGAACAGAUGAGUCAAUUUGUUACUGGGAUAUUGGUUGGUGUCACGCCGGGCAAUUUUCCUGUGCCGAUAGAAGAGGGUGCAAGAAUAUGAGGUGCAACCUUGAAAUGAGAUGCAAUGAUAGAUCCCAUCUCUUCUGGUGUCCAAAUGUAAUCGAUGAAAACUAUAUUUAUCGCUCAACGAAAGAAAGAGUGAUGCUCAGCAAUAAACAGAGAUGUUACAAUCAGCCAAGAUCAUUACUCACAAAACGUCCAGCUCCAGAAUCACCUGUGCUAUACUUCUAUUGUAAUAGGGGUUUUUAUUUGCGAUUAGUCGAUACUGCAGAGCCCCAUUGCUUUUGCCCACCUACAUUUUACGGCGAUCGUUGUCAAUUCAACAGUCGAAGAGUAACCGUUCUUCUUCGCUUGGACAGAGCACAUCGCUCUGAUCUUCCAGUCGUUCUCAAUAUUCUCGUUAUGCUGCUUCUAAAUGGAAGUAUAAUAGGUAAUCAUCGAUUUUUUCUUGACGAACACAAGGACUAUCCAUCCAAGACUUCUACUUAUUUAAUUUAUCCUCGUCCGAAACCUACAGGUACCUAUUCCGUACGAAUUGAGGCCUAUCAUUCGACAGGACUGAUCCAUUUUUGGGAAUACGCCGUCACCCCAUUGGACUUCCUGCCUGUACUGCAUAUUUCUAAAGUACUUCGGUUUCCUGAGCNUAUAAUAGGUAAUCAUCGAUUUUUUCUUGACGAACACAAGGACUAUCCAUCCAAGACUUCUACUUAUUUAAUUUAUCCUCGUCCGAAACCUACAGGUACCUAUUCCGUACGAAUUGAGGCCUAUCAUUCGACAGGACUGAUCCAUUUUUGGGAAUACGCCGUCACCCCAUUGGACUUCCUGCCUGUACUGCAUAUUUCUAAAGUACUUCGGUUUCCUGAGCGUUCACUUCCAUGGCUAUGUUCGAACAACCAUUGCCUAAACAAUGGAACAUGCCAUCAACAGGAGGAUAGUAAAUUCGUUUGUAUUUGUUCCCGCGACUGGAAAGGCAAACUGUGCGACAUUAGAAGUCAUCAUAUCAGCUGUGCAUCUCAUUCAUUGGCGCGUACAGAAAAAAUUUGUGUCUGCCCACCCGGGUACCUCGAACCAUAUUGUUAUGUUGAAAAUCGUCAGUGUCAUCAGACCAGCUGUCAAUGGAAUGAAACCUGUGCUCCACUUUCAGAACCUCCAAUUUAUAGACAUAUUUGCAUCUGUAAUACAUCUGAUUGUUAUGUUAAACGACCAAUAAUUAGCGUGACUCGACAAGAACCAAAUGAGCUACCAAUUCUCUUGCAAUUGGUUCAGCUAGCAGGUGAUUAUCCAACUGUCCGACAGCAGAUCCUCAUUCGAUCACAUAGUUCGUUUCCACUGAUUCGAACGAUAAAAACUCGUGAUUAUCGCGGCCACAUCGGUACACUUCCAGAAGUCGGAUUACUCUUUACGUUUCAAUCCGAUACGCAAUCAAUAAGUGCUUCAAUGCAUUUGCUUUUUAUCAAUUGUUCUAAUCAGACACGAAACUUCUCGGUCGAUCUUGAUCUGCAGCCACAAACAUGUUACAGCCUACCGGAAAAUCAUCAACAUUCUGUGAACUCCUUUCUUGAUCUUUGUCAGAAUUUCACAUACGGCAACUGCUUUACAUCCGCCGGUUAUCUCUGCUACUGCGGGUAUUCUAGUGAAAAUAAAAGCAACUGUGUGUCCUAUCAACGGCGAUACACAACGUGUGGGUAUUGCCACAACGAGGGCCAUUGUAUCCAAGGUGACUUGGCCAAUAAGAGCGAUUUCACUUGUGUAUGUCCGAAAUGCGUCACAGGGGUUUUGUGUCAAUUUUCGCCAAGUCGUUUUUCUAUCUCGUUGGAAUAUUUGAUGGAGAAAACAGACUGGAAUCGUAAACAUUUCAUCGGCCCGAGUGUUUUUGUGCUCGCCAGUGUGAUCUUAAACGGCCUAUCUAUAGCAACAUUCUUGCAACAAAAACUUCGUCAAACUGGGGUGGUUAUUCAUCUUCUGUCAGCUUCGAUGUGCAGUCUAUUAGCGUCGAUACUGUUCUUUAUACGUGUUAUAUAUCUCUAUAUGAUACGCCGAAUUAUGAUGAACCGUACAGUAAAUACGGGUGUCUGCAAGAGUCUACCUUUUAUCAUGCAUACGUUCUACUAUGCCAGCUUGUGGUUGAUGGCAAUCGUAUCAAUGAAAAGAGCAUUAGCUGCAACACAGUAUUCUCAUUGGUCGUCUUUGGAAAAACCUAUGAUAACUACAUUGUUCAUCUCUUUAAUAUCGCUGCUAGUUAUGGGUUCGAACUACAUAUUUAUCGAUCAAUACCAACUAGUCAAUCAUCCUGAUUAUUCAUAUCCAUGGUGUAUCCGUGAAAUUCCAUCAACUCAACAAUCCUUAGCACAAGUUCUCUCACUGAUUCACCGUAUGGUUCCUUUCAUGGUCAACAUAGUAGCAUCGUUGAUAAUCAUCAUCGCAAUUACUCGAUCAAAGGCCCAUGCCUACAAGAAAACCACACGUGAUACUCUAAUCAAUCAAACACGAGAAAGAAUUGAUCUGCUGUUAGGUCCUCUCGCUUGCUUCUUAACGCAAUUGCCUGAGAUAUUCUAG